AGAAAAGAUAUAACCAAUAACAAUCAUUUACAAAACGCUUAUUAAAAGCUAUAAAAAUAGCAACUGAAUGUGGAGAUCGGGAGAUUAAUGUUGUAUCACGAUGAAAAGCCUUACCCUAACCUUCGCAUUGAUCGGUACGUUAUGUCUACUUGUUGGGACAGCAGAGUCUCAGAACGAUUCAAAGCUGACAGAAUCACCUAUAACAGUAACACCAAGACCCAAUAAGACGGUACAAGCUACAACAGCACCAAGAACUACGACAAUACAACCUACAACUGCACCAGGAACGAUAAAGCCUGUAACCCUUAAUCUUACUAUCGCUAAACCAAGUCUUUACUGGGGUCGCAACUGGCUCUAUAACCAUUGGUAUAAUGGCUUGCACCAUUGGGGCCAUCGUUGGGGGCACUUCUGGGGUCACUGGACUCACUGGAGACCGUGGAGUCACUGGGGUGGACAUGGAUGGUGGCACCAUCGGCACCCACUGUGGUGCCAUCGACAUCGACUGUUGGCAACUAGAGAUGAAGUCAAGGACGAAGUUGAAACUGAUAUAAAUGAUGCUGAUAAUGUCGAUAUGCCAGUACCUGAGAUGUCUGAUUACGAUGACAGUUAUCCCAGACGAUCCAAUGACGAUGACAGGAACGAAUAACAUCAACCCGAUAACGACUUUUCAGUAAAAUUUAAACAAGUUAAUUAAAUUAAAAUAAAAAUCAACAAAUCAAA